CUUUGUGUUGUGCAUCAAUGGGAGGCUGUUUCUCUGUCUCAGUGUCAUGUGAUCAAGUGGUGAAUCAAGUCUUCCAAUGUCUAUGCCUCAAAGGAAGUUAUAUCCACAACCUCCCCCAGAAUCUACUGACUCUCCAGAAAGCCAUGGGAGCUCUCAAGGCGAAGAGAGAUGAUGUUCAAAGGAAGGUAGAGAGAGAAGAGUUUACUGGACAGCGCCGAAGGCUUGAUCAAGUCCAGGUCUCAGCUUGAAUAUCAGUAACCGGAUCGUUAUGACUUAUUGAUAAACUAUACAAUACAAGACCCCUCAGUUUUCGGAGGCAGCGUUAUUCGACAACCUUAUUCGUUUAUUCCCCCCUCUCUCUCUUUCGGUUGUGAAGCAAUCGGAGGCUGUUUCUCUGUCUCAAUGUCAUGUGAUCAAGUGGUGAAUCAAGUCUCCCAAUGUAUAUGCCUCAAUGGAACUUAUAUCCACAACCUCGAGAGAAUCUAGCAAGACUCACACGAGACAGUGAGGCUCACAAAUUAUAGCAAGAUUGGGAUUUAGUGACACACGAGACAGUCUGGUUCCAAAACGUUUUCCAAAUUAUUACUACUAUUUUGAGUUUGAUGUCCAAAUAUUUAUAUAAUAAUCUACAAGAUAUGAACUCCGUUGUCCACAUUGUCCAAACGUUGGUAACGUUUUCUUGUACUAUGGUAAGCAAAGUGGCAUGAAUCUCCUACAAUGACUCUGUUUUCUUGAGCAACAAGAAAGAGAAUGAAGAUGGAAACAGAGGCUCUGUUUUUCAUUAACGUCGUGUUAAACAAUGAUAUUACAAGAUUAAUAACUUAGAGGAAAGUUAUUUGGGCCCUAUUAGAGGAAAGUUAUUUGGGCCCUAAUAUUAUAGCGGGCUCUGUAUCCUCUACGUAAGUCGUAACCAAAAGAGAUGUACCGGGUGACGGUACUCAUCGGUGCCGGAGAUUCACUCGGUGGGAGGAAUCAGAAUCUACAACACCUAUCUUCGAAGAGAUGGGAGGUUGAUUCUUCUCUAUCAAAGAUGGAUUAGAGAUUACGUGUGUAUGUAUGUAUGGGUGAAGUAGGCAAAAAAGUUCACUCCUUUCAAGCUAAUAGAUGCUAAGCCUCACUUGAAAGUCCACAAAUCUGUAAGAUUAAAGUUAAGAUUUUUGCCUACUCCUUCCAUACCAAUACAUACACUUAAUCCUGAAUCCAUCUCUCACGAGUAAACUACUUGAGUCUAAACCCUGAAUUGAAAAAAAUAUGAUGCAACCAUAUGCAUAAAGUGACCCUACAAAGCAAGACUUUGACUCGCUUAAACAAUUUCCACCAAAUUACAAGGUGGAGGAGAGGAGUUAAGAUGCUUCCUACCUUUUUCAAGUUUAGUUGCAAGUCAUCAUGAUUCAUUUGCAUUUGUGAAUCUGUCUUUUGUGUAUCAAGUGCAAGAUGGGUGGUUGUGUCUCUGUCCAACCCCAAGUACCAUGCGAUCAAGUGCUGAACCAUCUCGGUAGCUGCUUCUGCAGGAAACUUAAAUACAUACAAAACCUCAAGAAGAAUCUUGUGGCUUUGGAGACAGCCAUGGAAGAUCUCAAGGCGGUGCGGUCUGAUCUGCUACGGAAGGUGCAUGCAGCAGAAGAAGGAGGAGGUCUACAAAGGCUUCAUCAAAUCAAGGUGUGGCUUGAGAGAGUCGAGUCUAUCGAAUCCCAAUUCAAUGGUCUAUAUAGUACUAGAGAUGUUGAACUUAAGAGAUUGUGUUUUAAUGGUGCUGGCCCCAAGAAUUUAAGAUUGAACUAUCUUUACGGAAAGAGGGUCUUCAAGAUGUUGAAUAUGGUUAAAGACUUGAAAUCUAAAGGGUUUUUUGAAGAGGUGGCUAGUCCUGCUGCUAGAGCUGUGGGAGAGGAAAGGCCUUUAACCCCAACGGUCGUUGGUCAAGAAACAAUGCUGGAAAAGGCGUGGAACCACCUCAUGGAUGAUGAGACUGGAAUAAUGGGCCUCUAUGGAAUGGGCGGAGUAGGGAAAACAACUCUUCUCACACAGAUCAACAAUAAGUUUGUUGAUAUGUGUGACACACAUGAUGGGGUUUUCAUAGUCAUUUGGGUUGUGGUCUCUGGUGAUCUACAACUCCACAAGAUACAACACAGGAUUGGCAACAAGAUAGGAUACAAAGGAGUUGAAUGGAAGAAGAAAAAGGAAAACCAAAAGGCACUAGACAUAUUCAACUUCUUAAGCAAGAAGAGAUUCGUGUUGCUCUUAGAUGACAUAUGGAGGAAAGUAGAUUUAACCGAGAUUGGUAUCCCUAACCCAACAAGCCAAAACGGAUGCAAGAUAGUAUUCACAACUCGCUCUCUAGGCGUAUGUACAAGCAUGGGUGUCCAUGAACCAAUGGAGGUACGAUGUUUAAGCACAAACGAUGCGUGGGACUUGUUCAAGAAGAAAGUUGGACAAAACACACUUGAUAUACAUCCUGACAUUCCCAAGAUCGCAAGAAAAGUCGCUGGAGCAUGCCGUGGCUUGCCUCUAGCGUUGAAUGUAAUCGGAGAGACAAUGUCAUGUAAGAAGACGACACAAGAAUGGUACCAUGCGGUUGAUGUUUUGAAAACGUACGCUGCGGAUUUUAGUGACGUGAAGGAGAAGAUUCUUCCUAUCUUGAAGUAUAGCUAUGAUAAUCUUGAAGGUGAAAAUGUCAAAUCUUGCUUCCUGUAUUGCUCUCUCUUUCCUGAAGAUGCUCUGAUAGACAAAGAGAGGGUUAUAGAUUAUUGGAUCUGUGAAGGGUUCAUUGAUGGGGUUGAGAGUAAAGAAAGAGCUGUGAACCAAGGGUAUGAGAUACUCGGCACCCUUGUGUGUGCCUCUUUAUUACAGGAAGGAGGGAAGUACGACAACAAGUCAUACGUGAGAAUGCAUGAUGUGGUUAGAGAGAUGGCAUUGUGGAUAGCAUCUGAUCUUGAGAAGCAGAAAGGAAGUUACAUCGUACGAGCUGGUGUGGGGUUAAACGAAGUACCAAAGGUGCAUAACUGGCAACUUGUGACAAGGAUGUCACUGGUGAAUAACAAGAUUAAAGAGAUAGAUGAGAGUCAUCAUGAGUGUCCUAACCUUACAACUCUUCUCCUUCAGAACAACCGCUGUCUUGUAACUAUAUCUGGUGAAUUCUUCAGGUCUAUGCCAAGACUAGUUGUUUUGGAUCUUUCGUGGAACGUUGAACUCAAAGCUUUACCUGAGCAAAUAUCAGAGCUGGUUUCAUUGCGUUAUCUUGACUUGUCAGAGUCAAACAUUGUGAGAUUACCGGUUGGUUUACAAAAGCUGAAAAGACUGAUGCAUCUGAAUCUAGAGUCUAUGCUGUGUCUCGAAGGUGUCUCAGGGAUAUCGAAUCUGUCGAGUUUGAAGACGUUGAAGCUACUUAACUUCAUAAUGUGGCCAACCAUGAGCUUACUGGAGGAGCUGGAACGUUUGGAACAUUUAGAAGUUCUGACCGUAGAGAUCACGUCAAGUUCGGUACUGAAACAGCUCUUGUGCUCUCAUAGGUUGGUGAGAUGUCUUCAAAAGCUGUCUAUUAAGUACAUCGAGGAAGAGUCAGUCAGAGUUUUGACAUUGCCAUCGAUACAAGAUCUCCGUGAAGUGUUUAUAGGAGGGUGUGGGAUCAGGGAGAUAAUGAUAGAGAGGAACACAAUGUUGACAAGUCCAUGCUUACCUCACCUGUCCAAAGUUUUGAUCGCUGGUUGCAAUGGUCUUAAAGAUUUGACGUGGCUAUUGUUCGCUCCUAACCUCACUCAUCUCAGUGUGUGGAACUCGAGUCAGCUAGAAGAGAUUAUAAGCCAAGAGGAAGCUGCAGGGGUUGAGAUUGUUCCUUUUAGGAAGCUAGAAUAUCUACACUUGUGGGAUUUGCCUGAAGUGAUGAGCAUCUACUGGAGUCCUUUGCCGUUUCCGUAUUUGAGUCUGAUUAAUGUACAAAACGAUUGUCAGAAGCUGAAAAAGCUUCCUUUGGAUUCUCAGAGUUGUGUUGCGGGUGAAGAGCUUGUCAUAGAGUACGGAGAUGAAGAAUGGAAAGAGAAGGUUGAAUGGGAGGAUGAAGCCACUAGACUCCGUUUCGUACCUUCAUGCAAGUUGGUUUUGUAUGAUGUUUGAGCCAGAGAUAGCUUCCAAAUGUCUUUAAUGGGAGGUUGAUUCUCAAUCUAUAUGCCAUGUGAUCAAGUGGUGAAUCAAGUCUAGUCUUUUCACCAAUGGAGUUAUAUUCACAACCUUUCUGAGAAUCUAGCUGCUCCACAGAAAGUACUCAAGGCAAGGCAAGAUGAUGUGCAAAGAAGAGUUUACAUAGCGUCGCAAAAGGCUCACUCAAGUCCAGGUAUGGAUUACUAAUGUCCUGACUACAUAGCGUCGCAAAAGGCUCACUCAAGUCCAGGUAUGGAUUACUAAUGUCCUGACCACCGAGAGUAAAAUUAUUGAUCUGCUCAGCACUAAUAACGUUGAGUUUCAAAGUUUUGUCUUUGUGGGUUGCCUUUUCCUUGUAACAGAGUGUCCAGAGCUGAGAAAGCUUCCAUUGGAUUCUCAAAGAGUAGACAGAACCAGCUCGCUUCCAAGGAUCAUGAAGAUAAUGCUUAGCUACAUCAGUGUACAUAUGUUCUCUGUUUUGAAUGGUUUUCUUGUAAUAUAAAGGAAUGUUUAAGCAAACUCAAAUUUAAUCAAGACGAGUUCAUUGUCAUUGAAACGAAUGAU